AUGCCCACAGCUCCCUGCGCCCUCGCAGCCCCAGCGCCACGGUGGUGGCCGGUGGUGCUCCUGCUGGUUGUUAUCGCCGCCGGCGAGUUGGUGGGGGGGUUGGCAGCUGCGGGGAAGGUGGGGGAAGCCCCGUCCGGCGGGCUAUCGGCGUACGAGGUUCUCCGGUCCUACAACUUCCCCGUCGGCAUCCUGCCCAAGGGCGUCGUCGGCUACGAUCUGGACGCGACCACGGGGGCCUUCUCGGUGCGUCUCAACGGGACCUGCAGCUUCGCCGUGCAGGAUUCCUACGAGCUCAGGUACCAGUCGACCAUCUCGGGGCGCAUCUCGGAGAACCAGCUCAGCAAGCUCAACGGCGUGAGCGUGAAGGUUGUCUUCUUCUGGCUCGACAUUGUCAAGCUCACCAGGAAGGAGGACGAGCUCGAGUUCUCCGUCGGCAUCAUCUCUGCCAGCUUCACCAUUGACAACUUCCUCGAGAGCCCCCAGUGCGGUUGCGGAUUUGACUGUCUCAACCUGCUGCAGCUGCCCUCGGGGAAGGCGGCCUCACGGGCCAACCGGAGAGCGGCAGCCUGA